AUGCCCCUGUCUUUGGCUUCUCCCCUCCUGCCCCACGUUUCUUCCCUCCCUGCCCCCCGUCUGCCCCUCCCUUGUUUUCCCCCUCACCCAUUGCUUCUCUCCUCCCUGCCCUUGAUUUCCACACACCCCUGCCCUCGUUCCUAUCAUCCAUGCCCCUCGUUUCCCCCCUUUGUACUUCAGCCUCUUCCCUCCCUGCCCCUCCCUUCCUCCCCCCUGCCCUUUGCUCUCCCCUCGUUACGCUCCCUUCUCCCCAUCCCUGCUGCCCUCUUACCACCAUCAGCCCAUCCCCACGACCAGCCCCCUCCCACCCUUCAAUCCCCCCCUCCCUCUCUCUCUCUCUUCUCUCUCUCUCUCUCUUUCUCCACACACACACACACACCACACUCCCCUCCCCCAUCCCCCCCCACCUACAUCCUCCAUUCUGCCCCUCCCUGCCCCUUUCCCACCCCUCGCACGCCCCUCACCUCCCACCUCCGUGCAACUGGUUUCCCCCCUAUGGUGCAACCCUUGCAUCGCUCGCACCCCUGCUCACCCUCUGCCGCCCUUUUCCGUGCCCUCAGUUGGCCCGGCCCUGCCCGUUGCUGCCCCUCCCCUUGCCCCCUCAACUCCCCUGCCCCCUGUACACCCAAGUCCCAUCCAACCGCCCCCACCCUCCCCCGGCUGCCCGUUUCCGUUCUCUCCACCCCCGCGACCGUGUGCGGCUUCCAACCGCCCAACGGUGGUGCGCACGGGGCUCACACCCCCUGCCCCCUCAUGCCAUCCGCUCCCCCCGCCCCUACCCUCCGCGUGCCCGCUCCCUUGCCGCCUCUUUUGACCCUCCCUGCCCCCCCUCGCCGUUUCCCACCGCCCGCCAUUCGCUCCUCCCCUCCUCUGCUGCACGCCUCUUCCUUCCCCUCGCCGACCCACUCCACUCCCUGCCCCUCCUCAAUCCGCACCCUGCCCUCGUAUCUCGCCCCCCUAUGCUUGGUUUCUCCCCUCCCUGCCCCUCGCCGCCUUCCCCGCUCCCCACCUCCCCUCUCCCUGCCCCCCCACACUCUCCCCCCCCCCUUGUCCUUGGCUUCCUACCUCCCUGCCUCACUUUCCCCCCUCCGUGUGCUCAGCUUCUCCCCUCCCUGCCCCUCCCUCCUCCCCGCCCUGCCCCUCAUUUUCCGCCCCCCCCCCCCCACGCCCGGUUUCUCCCUCCCCGCGCCUCCCUUUCUUUCUCCGUGCCUCUCCUUUGCUCCCUCCCUGCCCCCGCCUGCCCAUGCCCCUGUCUUUGGCUUCUCCCCUCCCUGCCCCACGUUUCUUCCCUCCCCGCCCCCCCCCUGCCCGUUGCUGCCCCUCCCCUUGCCCCCUCAACUCCCUGCCCCCCGUACACCCCAAGUCCCAUCAACCGCCCCCACCCUCCCCCCCGGCUGCCCGUUUCCGCUCUCCACCCCCGCGACCGUGUGCGGCUUCCAACCGCCCAACGGUGGUGCGCACGGGGCUCACACCCCCUGCCCCCUCAUGCCAUCCGCUCCCCCCGCCCUACCCUCCGCGUGCCCGCUCCUUGCCGCCUCUUUUGACCCUCCCUGCCCCCCCUCGCCGUUUCCCACCGCCCGCCAUUCGCUCCUCCCCCGCCCGUGCGCUCCCCUCCUUUACCUUCUCCUCCCCCCCUCCCCUCCUCUGCUGCACGCCUCUUCCUUCCCCUCGCCGACCCACUCCACUCCCUGCCCCUCCUCAAUCCGCACCCUGCCCCCGUAUCUAUCUCGCCCCCCUAUGCUUGGUUUCUCCCCUCCCUGCCCCUCGCCGCCUUUCCCCGCUCCCCACCUCCCCCCUCUCCCUGCCCCCCCCACUCUCCCCCCCCCUUGUCCUUGGCUUCCUACCUCCCUGCCUCACCUUUCCCCCCUCCGUGUGCUCAGCUUCUCCCCUCCCUGCCCCUCCCUCCUCCCCGCCCUGCCCCUCAUUUUCCGCCCCCCCCCCCCCACGCCCGGUUUCUCCCUCCCCGCGCCUCCCUUUCUUUCUCCCGUGCCUCUCCUUUGCUCCCUCCCUGCCCCCGCCUGCCCAUGCCCCUGUCUUUGGCUUCUCCCUCCCUGCCCCACGUUUCUUCCCUCCCUGCCCCCCGUCUGCCCCUCCCUUGUUUUCCCCUCACCCAUUGCUUCUCUCCUCCCUGCCCUUGAUUUCCCACACCCCUGCCCUCGUUUCCUAUCAUCCAUGCCCCUCGUUUCCCCCCUUUGUACGUUCAGCCUCUUCCCUCCCUGCCCCUCCCUUCCUCCCCCCCUGCCCUUUGCUCUCCCCUCGUUACGCUCCCUUCUCCCCAUCCCUGCUGCCCUCUUACCACCAUCAGCCCAUCCCCACGACCAGCCCCCCUCCCACCCUUCAAUCCCCCCCUCCCUCUCUCUCUCUCUCUCUCUCUCUCUUUCUCACACGCACACACACACGCACACUCCCCUCCCCCACCCCCCCCCCUACAUCCUCCCAUUCUGCCCCUCCCUGCCCCUUUCCCACCCCCUCGCACGCCCCUCACCUCCCCACCUCCGUGCAACUGGUUUCCCCCCUAUGGUGCCACCCUUGCAUCGCUCGCCCCUCUGCUCACCCUCUGCCCGCCCCUUUUCCGUGCCCUCAGUUGGCCCAGCCCCUGCCCGUUGCUGCCCCUCCCCUUGCCCCCUCAACUCCCCUGCCCCCCGUACACCCCAAGUCCCAUCCAACCGCCCCCACCCUCCCCGGCUGCCCGUUUCCGCUCUCCACCCCGCGACCGUGUGCGGCUUCCAACCGCCCAACGGUGGUGCGCACGGGGCUCACACCCCCUGCCCCCUCAUGCCAUCCGCUCCCCCCGCCCCUACCCUCCGCGUGCCCGCUCCCUUGCCGCCCUCUUUUGACCCUCCCUGCCCCCCCCUCGCCGUUUCCCACCGCCCGCCAUUCGCUCCUCCCCGCUCCGUGCGCAUCCCCUCCAUUACCUUCUCCUCCCCCCCUCCCCUCCUCUGCUGCACGCCUCUUCCUUCCCCUCGCCGACCCACUCCACUCCCCUGCCCCUCCUCAAUCCGCACCCUGCCCCUCGUAUCUCGCCCCCCUAUGCUUGGUUUCUCCCCUCCCUGCACCUCGCCGCCUUUCCCCGCAUCCCCCACCUCCCCCCUCUCCCUGCCCCCCCCCACUCUCCCCCCCCCUUGUCCUUGGCUUUCCUACCUCCUGCCUCACCUUUCCCCCCUCCUCCUGCCCAUGCCCCUGUCUUUGGCUUCUCCCUCCCUGCCCACGUUUCUUCCCUCCCUGCCCCCCGUCUGCCCCUCCCUUGUUUUCCCCUCACCCAUUGCUUCUCUCCUCCCUGCCCUUGAUUUCCCACACCCCUGCCCUCGUUUCCUAUCAUCCAUGCCCCUCGUUCCCCCCUUUGUACGUUCAGCCUCUUCCCUCCCUGCCCCUCCCUUCCUCCCCCCCUGCCCUUUGCUCUCCCCUCGUUACGCUCCCUGCUCCCCAUCCCUGCUGCCCUCUUACCACCAUCAGCCCAUCCCCACGACCAGCCCCCUCCCACCCUUCAAUCCCCCCCUCCCUCUCUCUCUCUCUCUCUCUCUCCUCUCUCUCUCUCUCUUUCUCACACCACACACACACCGCACACUCCCCUCCCCCACCCCCCCCCCCACCUACAUCCUCCCAUUCUGCCCCUCCCUGCCCCUUUCCACCCCCUCGCACGCCCCUCACCUCCCACCUCCCGUGCAACUGCCCCUGCCCGUUGCUGCCCCUCCCCUUGCCCCCUCAACUCCCCUGCCCCCCGUACACCCCAAGUCCCAUCCAACCGCCCCCACCCUCCCCCGGCUGCCCGUUUCCGCUCUCCACCCCCGCGACCGUGUGCGGCUUCCAACCGCCCAACGGUGUCACACCCCCUGCCCCCUCAUGCCAUCCGCUCCCCCCGCCCCUACCCUCCGCGUGCCCGCUCCCUUGCCGCCUCUUUUUGCCCUCCCUGCCCCCUCUCGCCGUUUCCCACGCCCGCCAUUCGCUCCCUCCCCGCCCGUGCGCUCCCCUCCUUUACCUUCUCCUCCCCACUCCCCUCCUCUGCUGCACGGCCUCUUCCUUCCCCUCGCCGACCCACUCACUCCUGCCCCUCCUCAAUCCGCACCCUGCCCCUCGUAUCUCGCCCCCCUAUGCUUGGUUUCUCCCAUCCCUGCCCCUCGCCGCCUUUCCCCGCUCCCCACCUCCCCCCUCUCCCUGCCCCCCCCACUCUCCCCCCCCCCUUGUCCUUGGCUUCCUACCUCCCUGCCUCACCUUUCCCCCCUCCGUGUGCUCAGCUUCUCCCUCCCUGCCCCUCCUCCUCCCCAGCCCUGCCCUCAUUUUCCGCCCGCCCCCCCCCCCACGCCCGGUUUCUCCCCUCCCCGCGCCUCCCUUAUCUUUAUCCCGUGCCUCUCCUUUGCUCCCUCCCUGCCUCACCGCCUGCCCAUGCCCCUGUCUUGGCUUCUCCCCUCCCUGCCCCACGUUUCUUCCCUCCCUGCCCCCCUCCCAUCCAACCGCCCCCACCCUCCCCCGGCUGGCCCGUUUCCGCUCUCCACCCCCGCGACCGUGUGCGGCUUCCAACCGCCCAACGGUGGUGCGCACGGGGCGUUUCUUCGCAUGGGCAAGCCUCCCCGGGGGGCCCCCACCCCGCUGGGUCGUUCAUUACCGCCCCUCUCCCCUUAUCCCCCACCACGCCCCCAAGCAGGCCUUUCUCCCCCAGCCUCCCGUCUCCCUGCCCUUAGUACCGCCGCGCUCUGCCCGUGCGUCACCCUUGCCCACUUCAUACCACCUCCCCCUUCUCCCCCCCCCCCGGCUUCUCCCUAUCAUCACCCGCAUGUUCCCCCACUCCCCUGUCCACAACGUCCCUCCACCCCCCUUCCUGCUUUCCCCACUCCCACUCUGCCCCCCACACCUCUACGAGCCGUACUUCCCCCUCCAGCCUCCCUUUCCCCCCCAGCUACUUCCGCAUCCAGCGUGGGCUGCACCUCUGCAUCCCGCCCUGCCAGGCCCUUCGCCACCUACCCCAGCCUCCCUCUACCUCUCCCUAACUCCACACCGCCGUUCCUACCCCCAGCCAAGGUCUACACCCCUUGCUUUUGCUCCCUGGGCUGUGCCGUCCCCAACCUCCCUCCGCCUUUCCGCGGCACCAGACCGCCUCUCCCUCCCCCAGCCAACUUUUGCACCCCCUGUUCCUGCCCCUUGUGCCCUCCAACACCCUACCUCAACCCCCCCCAGUCUCCCCCUUCUCCAACACCCUCCAUAUUUCCUCCCCCCUGGGGCUCGCCCAUCCGCAGCUAUCACCCUUCAUCGAUUCCCCAAUUCCCUCUGUCCCCUGUUUCCCGGCCCCGCAUCCUAUCCUGCAUUUACCACAGCACCUCCUUUCGGUGCCCUCUCUGCCCUCCCACGUUCUCACCCCCCGCCUCCCAACCUUCUCAUUACCCGCUACCAGGCUCACGCCAACUCGACUACCCACUACCCUUUGCCCCUUCCUCUCUGUUCCCCACCCUUCCUUUCCCACCUGGCUCCACCUGCCCACCCCCACCUCCCGUGGAAUUCUGCCCUGCCCUCCCCACCUCUGGCCCACCACCUGUCCCACACCCUGCUCACCCACCGCUACACCACCCCCGCCCCCCCACCUCCACUACAGCCCGCCAACACUUCCCCUCUCAAUCGGCCCCCAGCCCGCCCCCCCCCUUGGGCCCCAAUCCCCUCCAACUGUCAGGCCCCCUCUACCCUCUCUUCCACCCACUGCGCACCGCUUUCCCCACCCUUUUCCCCUUUCCCCAAGCUAACCCCCCGCACCCCGGCCUCUGCCAGGGAGUUCCUUCCCCCUUUGACGCCCUCUUGAGCCAACCCCAGCAACUCACACCGCCACCGCCAGGCAUGCUGCCUCUAGCCAGGGGGGAACUUGCAGCUGACACUGCACGGGAAGGGGUAAGUGAGUUUGUGUGUGAAGGAGCAGCAGAGGCUACAGAGGAUGGGGCAGCAAAGGCUGCACGGGAAGGGGCAAUGGGGGUUGUGGGGGAAGGGGCAGCAGAGGCUGCAGAGGAAAGGGCGGCAGGGGCUGCACGGGAAGGGGCGGCAGGGACCGUGACUCUGGCCAGGCAAAGGGCAGAGGCCAUGGAGACAGGUUUUGCAGGAGUAGGGGCCACGGAACCUGCUGCUGCGUCGGCUGGGGGAACCGCAGCAGAGGAGGCUAUAGGGACCGCACCAGGUGAGGCCGCACAGACCACAGCAGGUGUGGCUGCAGGGAUCACAACGGGUGAGGCUGCAGGAGGGACCAUGGCAGGUGAGGCCGCAGGGAGCGCAGUAGGUGAGGCUGCGGGGAGCGCAGCAGGUGAGGCUGUAGGGGGCGCAGCAGGUGAGGCUGCAGAGAGCGCAGCAGGUGAGGCCGCAGGGAGCGCAGCAAGCGAGGCUGCAGGGAGCGCAGCAGGCGAGGCUGCAGGGAGCGCAGCAGGCGGGACUGCAGGGGCCACAGCAGGUGAGGCUGCGGCGGACGCAGCAGGUGAGGCUGCGAGGGCUGCAUCAUGUAAGGUUGGGCAGACUCUAGCAGGUGAGGCUGCACAGUCUACAGCUGGUGAGGUCGCAUGGACUGCAACAGGUGAGGCCGCAGGGACUGCAGCAGGUGAGGCGGCAGGGACCACAGCGGAUGAGGCUGCAGGCGGGACCAUGGCAGGUGAGGCCGCAGGGAGCGCAGCAGGUGAGGCUGAAAUAGCCGCAGCAGGUGAGGCUGCAGAGGCCGCAGCAUGUGAGGUUGAGCAGAUUCUAGCAGGUGAGGCUGCACAGACUGCAGCAGGUGAGGCCGCAGGGACUGCAGCGGGUGAGGCUGCAGGGACUGCAGCACGUGAGGCUGCAGGGACUGCAGCACGUGAGGCUACAGGGAUCGCGGCUGGUGAGGCUGAGCAGAUUACGGUAGGCGAGGUUUUACAGACUGCAGCAGUCGAGGCUGCAAGGACUGCAGCAGGAGCGACAGAGGCCACAGCGGGGGCUGGUAUAGGGGGAGGUGCUACGGGUGCAGCGGGGAAGGGGGUAACGGGGACUGGUGCGAGGGAGAGUGCCGCCCCGGCUGUAGCAAGAGAGGGUACGGCAGGGGCCUCAAAGGCAGAAGGUGAGGCUGCAGCUGAAGCAGCAGGGAGGGCCAUAGCACGGCCAGUAGGGGCGGCAGGGGCCGCAGCAAACUCGGGGAAACACACAGCAGGGCCGGCAGGGCCGGCAGAGACUGCAAAAGGGGCUAGCAGUAAAGCGGCAGCAGGCGGGGUGGGCUUGGGGGACAUAGGGGCAACAGGGGAAGGAGAGGGGAGGGUGGUCCCGACCGGGGUGGGCACUGAAGAGGGGGAUGUGAUAGCGAUAGAGGAGGAUGAGGGAGAGGAUGUGAUGCACAUUGACGGGCCACUGGCCCAAUACCUCACGCUUGACGAAGGACCGAUGGAGGGGCUGGGGGAGACCUUGAGGACAGAGCCGCGCGAGGGAGCCCCCAUCCUCACCUCCCGUCCUCCAGCCCACCAGCCCCCAGGAGCACCACUUCCCCACCCCCACCCUCAGGUCCCGGUAGUGUCCAGGGGGGCAGCCAAGGCCCUGGCCUUCUUGGCGGAGCCGUGCUCCCCGACCCCCACGCUGCUCCAUGGCCAGCCCCCCUCUCCGUCCCCAACGCCUGACCCCACGGUUGCAGGCGGUCCACCGGGAGAGCACGCGGCACACCUCUGCCCCCACCCUCAGGGGCUCCUUAGAGCACCACGUGGAGCAGCCAGGGCUCUGGUCUUCCUAGAGGAGCCAUGCUCCCCGACUCCUACCAACACCCAGCCACCCCUUACCGGCCCACUACCCCCUCCUCCACCAGGCCCCCCCCCACCCGGUAGUACACACAUCUCGGAGGUUGAAGCAUCUCUGCGGCCAAAUCCCUCUCCCACACGCUACAGGCACCCAAACCACCCGAGUCGCCGCACAGCCCCAACACGCCCACCCAACAGGCUGCCCUCCCCACACCACCCCCCCCAGGCAGCCGAGACCCACCCGCAAGGGCUUGCGCCCCAGGCUCAUGGGAGCGGCGGCACCCGGGUAGAGGGGCCCACAGGAGAGGCCACCACAGAGCCCACACAAAUCUCUCUCCCCCCACCGUUUGUACCUCGCUCUAACCUCCACACUGGCCCAGCCCCUCGACCCCCACCUCCAACCCCCUCUCCCGGCCGGGUUCCCCACGAGUGGCCCCGUUGGGCAGCCAUCACCCCCCACACACAGCUUGCCCGAUCUGUUCCCACGGAGGGGGAUGUUUCGAGGAGAGUGGGGAUGCACACAGAGCACCCCCUGCCUGGCGAACCACCCAUCCUCCCUCCACCCACCCCUUUGGCCCCACAGCCCCCCCUUCCUUCACAAACAGGCGCGGACAACCAGGUUGGCCGCCGGCGGAAGAACAGGGGCAGAGGAGGCAGAGGGUCAGCCCACGUACUCCCCCCUCCCUCCCUCCCCCACCAAGAGCCCCUCCCCACCUCACAUCCCGUUGAACAAUUACCAGGCCCUACCUCUACAGCCCGUCCACCAAACCUACACUCCCGCCCCGCUCCUGCACCUCCACAGGGCCAUGGGAGCGGACCAGCCCACUCACCCCCAUUCUGCCCCUCCCGUGCUGUGUCCCCCUCCCAGGUGGCGGCGGCCGCGAUCGCUACUGGGAGGGGGGCCGUCGGGUUGAGGGAUGCGCCCAUGGCAGACGCCACCGACUCCCCCUCCCAUCCCUCCCACCCCUUCCAUGUCGACGACCCCCUACCGCAACCCAUGGUGAUUGGGGAGGGCCAAGGGGGCCUUCUAGGGCAGGGUCCACACCCGAGCUCCGCUCAGCCAGCACGCCCCACUCCACCCUCUACCCUGCCAGCCCUCCUACUCUCACCUACAGGCAGGCAGGUCUUCGAGACCCCAGAGGAGGUGAGGGCUGGCAUUUCAGAUUUGCUGGCGAUACACCGCCUGAGCAGCUCUCCGGCUGCCCCCACCCUUCCAGUCCCACAGGACCGGACCCGGACGUAUGCGGAGGUCACCCGGUCUGUCCCUUCUUUUAUCCCCCCCGCCACUCAGCCAGGCGCGUCACUCCCGACCCCAAUGGAGACGGACCGGGGUCUGAGGCCGUGUCACUCGCACCUAGACGGGGUGGCGCCUCCCCCCGUUCAGCCCGUGGCGCAGGAGGUCACCAGCAGUAGGGAUGAGGCAUCCGCCCCUACCGAGACCCCUCCGCCUGGGGUAGCAGAGCCGUCACUUGAACCGCACCCCGCCGAGGGGCAGGAGCACACCACGGCACACACUUCAGGCUCACCUCCACGUCCCCCCUCCCCAGCUUCAACACCGGUGCCGGCACGAGGCCCGGCCCUAUCCUGUGCGACACCACCUCUAUCUUCGCUGACACCCCCCCCGCGCGGGGCUGGUGAGUCGUCUCCUCCCCUCAUCCCAGGCGAUCCUGUCGGAGCUCAGGCCGCCCACGGGGUCCCCUCUACAGCCAGUUCCGACGCCACGGCCCCGAUUGACCCCGCCGACACGGCGACAUCACCCGACCAGGUCGUGAGUUGCCCCACCUGCAGGAGCUCUCUCGCGAACCGACGCGCGCUCCAGCACCACAUUCCCUUCUGCCAUCCUGCGGACGCGGCUCGCAGGGCGCAGGCUGCCCAUGAUACCGCCUCGAUCAUCCCUUCCCUCUCACAGCCCCGUGCGACCGGGAUGCAGUUCACCGACGCACAGUGGCAGACGCUCGACUCGGUGGACUGGACAGAGUACUUCUCGCCCGAGCGUAUCCAUACACGCCCUCUCCGACGUGUCCCGGAGAGGGUCCGCGGAGGAUAUCUUGACGUCCUCAGUGCGAUCCUAGUCCGCAUUGCCCAGGACCCGGAGGCUGCUGGCCCUACCUUCCUCCUCGCUGCAGCGCCGACUCUUUUCCUUGUUCCAGCGACGCCACCCGACCGCUCGCACACGGCUGCCAUUGCAACGCGCAUCUCUCGCUUUGGUCGAGGUGAGUGGGCUGAGCUAGUCUCAGAUGCACUAGGCCGUCGCACACCCCUUCCUCGCCGCACAGGUCACCGGUCACGCACCGCCACCGAUCCCUCUGCAGCAGAUGAGCGCCGCAUUGCACGUUGCCUUCGUCUGGCAGCGUGCAAUGAGACCUCACGGGCGUGCGCGGCUCUCGAGUCCGCGGAGGCAGCCCCAGAUACACAGGGGACGAUACAGCGCCUGCAGUCGAAGCACCCCAACGCGGAGAGGCCGACCCCAGCUUGGCUGUCUGGCUUCCAGGGGUCCCCUCUCGUGCUCUCGGUGGAUCACUUACGCCGCGCGAUUUUCACAGCUCCGCGGGGCUCUUCGGGAGGACCGUCCGGUUGGGUCGCUGAGCACCUGCGAGACACUUUCCUAGCUUUCCCUCAGAGUCUCCAUUUCCUCCUGGCCGUGUACCAGCAGUGGCUCCGAGGCCGUUGCGCUCCAGCUGCGCGCUCCUUGCUAGCGUCCUCCACCCUCGUGGCUCUGGCGAAGUCGAACAUGGAUGUUCGGCCGAUUGCCAUCGGCGAGGUUUUGGUCCGCAUUCUUUCUCGGGCAGUUUGUCUCCAGCUACGUGACCAGAUGGCGAGGGUCUUCUUGGCAUCACAGCAGUUUGGGGUGGGGGUUACGUGCGGGACAGAGGUCGUAGUUAGAGGCGUCCGCCGCGCUCUGGCUGACCACCCAGACUGGGUGGUCCUGCAGCUAGACGUGGCGAAUGCCUUUAACUCUUUCCACCGAGACAGGAUGUUUCAGGCGCUGCAGGCCAGUCCGGAGUUUCAGUGUCUGAUCCCCUUCAUCGGCCUCUUCUACGGGACGCCCUCGGAUCUCCACUACAGGUCAGGCACGGGAGUGGUCACGAUGCACUCGGAGCGGGGCACUCGCCAGGGAGACCCUCUCAGCCCCUUCUUGUACGCUCUGACACAGCGUCUUGCUUUGGAGCCGGUUCUGGCGGAGGGGGAUGUCCAGCUCUGGUCGUACGCCGAUGACACGUACGUGCUAGGUCCCCCAGACAGGGUGCUGCACCAUUUUGCCGAGAUCGUGAGGCGCUUGGGCGAGAUGGGCCUUGCAGCCCAGCCGCACAAGUGCCUCGUCUACCAGACAGAGUCCUUUCUGUCCAGGGAUCUGGAGGCUUUCACGGGCCUAGGGAUCGAGGUCGCACGCCGAGGGCUCACCGUGACAGGCGUACCGGUAGGCACCGUUUCGUUCGUGGAGCAGAGUCUCCCGGAUCGUCUCGAGAGGAUGGGGCGGGUGCUACCUUGGCUUCCGAGGUUGCGCCAGCCCCAGACAGCUGCCCGCCUUCUUUCGGCGUGUGUCAGCACUCGUCCGCAGUACCUGUCGAGGACCGUCCCUCCUUCGCCCGCAGUGAUCUCCAGUUUUACACGGUGGGACGCACGCCUGGGAGAGACUUUUCAGCAGCUUUUAGCUUCAGGGACCUGGGCUUGUCGCGAGGACGUCCGAGAGGCCGCCCUAGACCAGAUCUUCCUCCCCAUCCGUCUCGGGGGUUUCGGCAUUCGUCGCAUGGCGCGCAUGGCCCCGGUGAGUUUCGUGUGCUCCUGGGUGCAGUGUGCACCCAUUCUCUGUUCUCUCCCUGCGUGUGGCGAGGUGUUUCGGCAGAGCUUCGCUUCAGGUGAGCCAGAGCAGAUCGACCGGGCUCUGCAGACGGCGCUAGAGGGUCUCCCUCCUGACGUUCUCUCUCUCCUUCCCCCCUGGCCCUCUUGCGCUUCUGCCUCCCCCGAUUCCCUUUUUGCAGGAGCGAGCCGUCUUCUGGAGGCGCAUGCCUUGGAGGCCGUGCGUGCCCGUCACACCUCUCCCUUGCACCUUGCCCGUUUGACUUCCCUUCAGGGCGGAGGUGCAGGAGCGUGGUUGACGUCGGUGCCGUACGCCGACCCACUGCGCAUCCCGGAGGCGCUGUGGCAGGCGGCUUCAUCUUCUCGUCUUGGUCUCCCUAUCCCCCAGUUAGCCCUUGCAGGUCAGUGCUCCUGCGGACAGGCGAUUGACGACAUGACGGUGCCUCAUCACGCGGUUCGGUGCCCGCGUUACGGGGUCGCCACUACCAUCCACGACACGGUGAAGUACAUGCUUCGAGACUUUGCGGUCGAGGCGGGCUUCGCGGUAAAGGUGGAGGACUCUACGCUGUUCACACAGUUGGAGGCGGCUCGAGCGAGACUACUGGGACAGCCAGUGGUGGGAGAGGGGACACGGGCUGAGGGACCGGGGGAGCGGAGAGGCGAGGCGGGACAGCCGGGUGGCGGGGGACAGUGGGGACGGCACCAGCUGCGGGGUCAGGUGGAGCGAGGGACAGGUGGGCAGAGGGGACGGCAGGGGGAGCAGACGGGCCAGGACGGGGAGGGGGGACGGCACAGGCAGCAGCAGGAGAGCCAGUGGAGGCCGCGGGCCCAGGGCGCCGCGCCUCCAGGUUCGGCCUCGGGGGCGGGGCAGGGGCGGGAGCAGCAGAGAGCGGACGGAGGUACAGGAGGGGCAGCGGGAUUGGGAGGGGAGGGCCAGGGAGUGAGAGAGGCAGCAGGGGAUGGAGCAGGGGGGUCGGGAGGUUUGGGGGAGGGUAGGGAGGGGGAGGGGAGAGGACAGGUGGAUGGAGGAGAGGAGAGGGGGAGAGAGACGAUCGGAGAGGGGGCACCAAGGGACCAGACAGGGCAGCAGCCAGCGCAACAGCAGGGACCAGUCGGACGCACAGGCCGUGUAGGCACCGCCUCCCGCAUUCCAGACCUCACCUGCCGCGACGUUGGCCAGGGUCUGAUGGUUCUUGUGGAUGUCUCCAUAGCGGAUCCACAGCGGGAGGGGAACGUGCAGCUGAGACGGGCGACCCCCACACAGAUUGGAGUGGCAGCAGCUAGGCGGGUGCAGGAGAAGCUGCGUCACUGGGGGCCGCACUUAGAGGGGCUGCAGCCGGCACCACACUUUUACGCGUGCGUGGCGGAGACCUUUGGCCUUCUGAGUGAGCCGCUGCGUCAGUUUCUGGGGCUCUGCGCAAAGAGGAUAGCACAGCGGAGGAGGGAUAGAGGUGGGGGGGAUGACGGAUCGGCACGGAUAUUUGAGGCAGGACUCACUACACGCCUCUCCGUUGCACUGCAGCGCGCGCAGGCUCAAUGCAUGAUCCAGCAUGCGGUGCGGCAGUUAGGGAGUCACACCCCCUGCCCCUCAUGCCAUCCGCUCCCCCCCGCCCCUACCCUCCGCGUGCCCGCUCCCUUGCCGCCUCUUUUGACCCUCCCUGCCCCCCUCGCCGUUUCCCACCGCCCGCCAUUCGCUCCUCCCCGCCCGUGCGCUCCCCUCCUUUACCUUCUCCUCCCCCCUCCCCUCCUCUGCUGCACGCCUCUUCCUUCCCCUCGCCGACCCACUCCACUCCCUGCCCCUCCUCAAUCCGCACCCUGCCCCUCGUAUCUCGCCCCCCUAUGCUUGGUUUCUCCCCUCCCUGCCCCUCGCCGCCUUUCCCCGCUCCCCACCUCCCCCCUCUCCCUGCCCCCCCCACUCUCCCCCCCCCCUUGUCCUUGGCUUCCUACCUCCCUGCCUCACCUUUCCCCCCUCCGUGUGCUCAGCUUCUCCCCUCCCUGCCCCUCCCUCCUCCCCGCCCUGCCCCUCAUUUUCCGCCCCCCCCCCCCCCCACGCCCGGUUUCUCCCCUCCCCGCGCCUCCCUUUCUUUCUCCGUGCCUCUCCUUUGCUCCCUCCCUGCCCCCGCCUGCCCAUGCCCCUGUCUUUGGCUUCUCCCCUCCCUGCCCCACGUUUCUUCCCUCCCUGCCCCCCGUCUGCCCCUCCCUUGUUUUCCCCUCACCCAUUGCUUCUCUCCUCCCUGCCCUUGAUUUCCCACACCCCUGCCCUCGUUUCCUAUCAUCCAUGCCCCUCCCCCUGCCCGUUGCUGCCCCUCCCCUUGCCCCCUCAACUCCCCUGCCCCCCGUACACCCCAAGUCCCAUCCAACCGCCCCCACCCUCCCCCGGCUGCCCGUUUCCGCUCUCCACCCCCGCGACCGUGUGCGGCUUCCAACCGCCCAACGGUGUCACACCCCCUGCCCCCUCAUGCCAUCCGCUCCCCCCGCCCCUACCCUCCGCGUGCCCGCUCCCUUGCCGCCUCUUUUGACCCUCCCUGCCCCCCCUCGCCGUUUCCCACCGCCCGCCAUUCGCUCCUCCCCGCCCGUGCGCUCCCCUCCUUUACCUUCUCCUCCCCCCUCCCCUCCUCUGCUGCACGCCUCUUCCUUCCCCUCGCCGACCCACUCCACUCCCUGCCCCUCCUCAAUCCGCACCCUGCCCCUCGUAUCUCGCCCCCCUAUGCUUGGUUUCUCCCCUCCCUGCCCCUCGCCGCCUUUCCCCGCUCCCCACCUCCCCCCUCUCCCUGCCCCCCCCCACUCUCCCCCCCCCCUUGUCCUUGGCUUCCUACCUCCCUGCCUCACCUUUCCCCCCUCCGUGUGCUCAGCUUCUCCCCUCCCUGCCCCUCCCUCCUCCCCGCCCUGCCCCUCAUUUUCCGCCCCCCCCCCCCCACGCCCGGUUUCUCCCCUCCCCGCGCCUCCCUUUCUUUCUCCGUGCCUCUCCUUUGCUCCCUCCCUGCCCCCGCCUGCCCAUGCCCCUGUCUUUGGCUUCUCCCCUCCCUGCCCCACGUUUCUUCCCUCCCUGCCCCCCGUCUGCCCCUCCCUUGUUUUCCCCUCACCCAUUGCUUCUCUCCUCCCUGCCCUUGAUUUCCCACACCCCUGCCCUCGUUUCCUAUCAUCCAUGCCCCUCCCCCUGCCCGUUGCUGCCCCUCCCCUUGCCCCCUCAACUCCCCUGCCCCCUGUACACCCCAAGUCCCAUCCAACCGCCCCCACCCUCCCCCGGCUGCCCGUUUCCGCUCUCCACCCCCGCGACCGUGUGCGGCUUCCAACCGCCCAACGGUGGUGCGCACGGGGCUCACACCCCCUGCCCCCUCAUGCCAUCCGCUCCCCCCGCCCCUACCCUCCGCGUGCCCGCUCCCUUGCCGCCUCUUUUGACCCUCCCUGCCCCCCCUCGCCGUUUCCCACCGCCCGCCAUUCGCUCCUCCCCGCCCGUGCGCUCCCCUCCUUUACCUUCUCCUCCCCCCUCCCCUCCUCUGCUGCACGCCUCUUCCUUCCCCUCGCCGACCCACUCCACUCCCUGCCCCUCCUCAAUCCGCACCCUGCCCCUCGUAUCUCGCCCCCCUAUGCUUGGUUUCUCCCCUCCCUGCCCCUCGCCGCCUUUCCCCGCUCCCCACCUCCCCCCUCUCCCUGCCCCCCCCACUCUCCCCCCCCCCUUGUCCUUGGCUUCCUACCUCCCUGCCUCACCUUUCCCCCCUCCGUGUGCUCAGCUUCUCCCCUCCCUGCCCCUCCCUCCUCCCCGCCCUGCCCCUCAUUUUCCGCCCCCCCCCCCCCACGCCCGGUUUCUCCCCUCCCCGCGCCUCCCUUUCUUUCUCCGUGCCUCUCCUUUGCUCCCUCCCUGCCCCCGCCUGCCCAUGCCCCUGUCUUUGGCUUCUCCCCUCCCUGCCCCACGUUUCUUCCCUCCCUGCCCCCCGUCUGCCCCUCCCUUGUUUUCCCCUCACCCAUUGCUUCUCUCCUCCCUGCCCUUGAUUUCCCACACCCCUGCCCUCGUUUCCUAUCAUCCAUGCCCCUCCCCCUGCCCGUUGCUGCCCCUCCCCUUGCCCCCUCAACUCCCCUGCCCCCCGUACACCCCAAGUCCCAUCCAACCGCCCCCACCCUCCCCCGGCUGCCCGUUUCCGCUCUCCACCCCCGCGACCGUGUGCGGCUUCCAACCGCCCAACGGUGGUGCGCACGGGGCGUUUUCUUCGCAUGGGCAAGCCUCCCCGGGGGCCCCCCACCCCGCUGGGUCGUUUCACACCCCCUGCCCCCUCAUGCCAUCCGCUCCCCCCGCCCCUACCCUCCGCGUGCCCGCUCCCUUGCCGCCUCUUUUGACCCUCCCUGCCCCCCCUCGCCGUUUCCCACCGCCCGCCAUUCGCUCCUCCCCGCCCGUGCGCUCCCCUCCUUUACCUUCUCCUCCCCCCUCCCCUCCUCUGCUGCACGCCUCUUCCUUCCCCUCGCCGACCCACUCCACUCCCUGCCCCUCCUCAAUCCGCACCCUGCCCCUCGUAUCUCGCCCCCCUAUGCUUGGUUUCUCCCCUCCCUGCCCCUCGCCGCCUUUCCCCGCUCCCCACCUCCCCCCUCUCCCUGCCCCCCCCCACUCUCCCCCCCCCUUGUCCUUGGCUUCCUACCUCCCUGCCUCACCUUUCCCCCCUCCGUGUGCUCAGCUUCUCCCCUCCCUGCCCCUCCCUCCUCCCCGCCCUGCCCCUCAUUUUCCGCCCCCCCCCCCCCCACGCCCGGUUUCUCCCUCCCCGCGCCUCCCUUUCUUUCUCCGUGCCUCUCCUUUGCUCCCUCCCUGCCCCCGCCUGCCCAUGCCCCUGUCUUUGGCUUCUCCCCUCCCUGCCCCACGUUUCUUCCCUCCCUGCCCCCCGUCUGCCCCUCCCUUGUUUUCCCCUCACCCAUUGCUUCUCUCCUCCCUGCCCUUGAUUUCCCACACCCCUGCCCUCGUUUCCUAUCAUCCAUGCCCCUCCCCCUGCCCGUUGCUGCCCUCCCCUUGCCCCCUCAACUCCCCUGCCCCCCGUACACCCCAAGUCCCAUCCAACCGCCCCCACCCUCCCCCGGCUGCCCGUUUCCGCUCUCCACCCCCGCGACCGUGUGCGGCUUCCAACCGCCCAACGGUGGUGCGCACGGGGCGUUUCUUCGCAUGGGCAAGCCUCCCCGGGGGCCCCCCACCCCGCUGGGGUCGUUUCACACCCCCUGCCCCCUCAUGCCAUCCGCUCCCCCCGCCCCUACCCUCCGCGUGCCCGCUCCCUUGCCGCCUCUUUUGACCCUCCCUGCCCCCCCUCGCCGUUUCCCACCCGCCCGCCAUUCGCUCCUCCCCGCCCGUGCGCUCCCCUCCUUUACCUUCUCCUCCCCCCUCCCCUCCUCUGCUGCACGCCUCUUCCUUCCCCUCGCCGACCCACUCCACUCCCUGCCCCUCCUCAAUCCGCACCCUGCCCCUCGUAUCUCGCCCCCCUAUGCUUGGUUUCUCCCCUCCCUGCCCCUCGCCGCCUUUCCCCGCUCCCCACCUCCCCCCUCUCCCUGCCCCCCCCACUCUCCCCCCCCCCUUGUCCUUGGCUUCCUACCUCCCUGCCUCACCUUUCCCCCCUCCGUGUGCUCAGCUUCUCCCCUCCCUGCCCCUCCCUCCUCCCCGCCCUGCCCCUCAUUUUCCGCCCCCCCCCCCCCCACGCCCGGUUUCUCCCCUCCCCGCGCCUCCCUUUCUUUCUCCGUGCCUCUCCUUUGCUCCCUCCCUGCCCCCGCCUGCCCAUGCCCCUGUCUUUGGCUUCUCCCCUCCCUGCCCCACCCCCUGCCCGUUGCUGCCCCUCCCCUUGCCCCCUCAACUCCCCUGCCCCCCGUACACCCCCAAGUCCCAUCCAACCGCCCCCACCCUCCCCCGGCUGCCCGUUUCCGCUCUCCACCCCCGCGACCGUGUGCGGCUUCCAACCGCCCAACGGUGGUGCGCACGGGGCGUUUCUUCGCAUGGGCAAGCCUCCCCGGGGGCCCCCCACCCCGCUGGGUCGUUUCACACCCCCUGCCCCCUCAUGCCAUCCGCUCCCCCCGCCCCUACCCUCCGCGUGCCCGCUCCCUUGCCGCCUCUUUUGACCCUCCCUGCCCCCCUCGCCGUUUCCCACCGCCCGCCAUUCGCUCCUCCCCGCCCGUGCGCUCCCCUCCUUUACCUUCUCCUCCCCCCUCCCCUCCUCUGCUGCACGCCUCUUCCUUCCCCUCGCCGACCCACUCCACUCCCUGCCCUCCUCAAUCCGCACCCUGCCCCUCGUAUCUCGCCCCCCUAUGCUUGGUUUCUCCCCUCCCUGCCCCUCGCCGCCUUUCCCCGCUCCCCACCUCCCCCUCUCCCUGCCCCCCCACUCUCCCCCCCCCUUGUCCUUGGCUUCCUACCUCCCUGCCUCACCUUUCCCCCCUCCGUGUGCUCAGCUUCUCCCCUCCCUGCCCCUCCCUCCUCCCCGCCCUGCCCCUCAUUUUCCGCCCCCCCCCCACGCCCGGUUUCUCCCCUCCCCGCGCCUCCCUUUCUUUCUCCGUGCCUCUCCUUUGCUCCCUCCCUGCCCCCGCCUGCCCAUGCCCCUGUCUUUGGCUUCUCCCCUCCCUGCCCCACGUUUCUUCCCUCCUGCCCCCCGUCUGCCCCUCCCUUGUUUUCCCCUCACCCAUUGCUUCUCUCCUCCCUGCCCUUGAUUUCCCACACCCCUGCCCUCGUUUCCUAUCAUCCAUGCCCCUCGUUUCCCCCCCUUUGUACGUUCAGGCCUCUUCCCUCCCUGCCCCUCCCUUCCUCCCCCCUGCCCUUUGCUCUCCCCUCGUUACGCUCCCUUCUCCCCAUCCCUGCUGCCCUCUUACCACCAUCAGCCCAUCCCCACGACCAGCCCCCCUCCCACCCUUCAAUCCCCCCUCCCUCUCUCUCUCUCUCUCUCUCUCUCUCUCUCUCUCUUUCUCACACACACACACACACGCACACUCCCCUCCCCCACCCCCCCCACCUACAUCCUCCCAUUCUGCCCCUCCCUGCCCCUUUCCCACCCCCUCGCACGCCCCUCACCUCCCACCUCCGUGCAACUGGUUUCCCCCCUAUGGUGCCACCCUUGCAUCGCUCGCCCCUCUGCUCACCCUCUGCCCGCCCCUUUUCCGUGCCCUCAGUUGGCCCAGCCCCUGCCCGUUGCUGCCCCUCCCCUUGCCCCCUCAACUCCCCUGCCCCCCGUACACCCCAAGUCCCAUCCAACCGCCCCCACCCUCCCCCGGCUGCCCGUUUCCGCUCUCCACCCCCGCGACCGUGUGCGGCUUCCAACCGCCCAACGGUGGUGCGCACGGGGCGUUUCUUCGCAUGGGGCAAGCCUCCCCGGGGGCCCCCCACCCCGCUGGGUCGUUUCACAACCCCCUGCCCCCUCAUGCCAUCCGCUCCACCCCGCCCCUACCCUCCGCGUUGCCCGCUCCCUUUGCCGCCUCUUUUGACCCUCCCUGCCCCCCCUCGCCGGUUCCACCCGCCCGCCAUUCGCUCCUCCCCGCCCGUGCGCUCCCCUCCUUUACCUUCUCCUCCCCCCUCCCCUCCUCUGCUGCACGCCUCUUCCUUCCCCUCGCCGACCACUCCACUCCCUGCCCCUCCUCAAUCCGCACCCUGCCCCUCGUAUCUCGCCCCCCUAUGCUUGGUUCUCCCCUCCCUGCCCCUCGCCGCCUUUCCCCGCUCCCCACCUCCCCCCUCUCCCUGCCCCCCCCCACUCUCACCUUUCCCCCCUCCGUGUGCUCAGCUUCUCCCCUCCCUGCCCCCUCCCUCCUCCCCGCCCUGCCCUCAUUUUCCGCCCCCCCCCACGCCCGGUUUCUCCCCUCCCCGCGCCUCCCUUUCUUUCUCCGUGCCUCUCCUUUGCUCCCUCCCUGCCCCCGCCUGCCCAUGCCCCUGUCUUUGGCUUCUCCCCUCCCUGCCCCACGUUUCUUCCCUCCCUGCCCCCCGUCUGCCCCUCCCUGUUUCCCCCUCACCCCAUUGCUUCUCUCCUCCCUGCCCUUGAUUUCCCACACCCCUGCCCUCGUUUCCUAUCAUCCAUGCCCCUCGUUUCCCCCCUUUGUACGUUCAGCCUCUUCCCUCCCUGCCCCUCCCUUCCUCCCCCCCUGCCCUUUGCUCUCCCCUCGUUACGCUCCCUCUCCCCCAUCCCUGCUGCCCUCUUACCACAUCAGCCCAUCCCCACGACCAGCCCCCCUCCCACCCUUCAAUCCCCCCCUCCUCUCUCUCUCUCUCUCUCUCUCUCUCUCUUUCUCUCACACACACACACACACGCACACUCCCCUCCCCCACCCCCCCCCACCUACAUCCUCCCAUUUCUGCCCUCCCUGCCCCUUUCCCACCCCCUCGCACGCCCCUCACCUCCCACCUCCGUGCAACUGCCCCUGCCCGUUGCUGCCCCUCCCCUUGCCCCCUCAACUCCCCUGCCCCCCGUACACCCCAAGUCCCAUCCAACCGCCCCCACCCUCCCCCGGCUGCCCGUUUCCGCUCUCCACCCCCGCGACCGUGUGCGGCUUCCAACCGCCCAACGGUGGUGCGCACGGGGCGUUUCUUCGCAUGGGCAAGCCUCCCCGGGGGCCCCCCACCCCGCUGGGUCGUUUCACACACCCCUGCCCCCUCAUGCCAUCCGCUCCCCCCCGCCCCUACCCCCGCGUGCCCGCUCCCUUGCCGCCCGCCUCUUUUGACCCUCCCUGCCCCCCUCGCCGUUCCCACCGCCCGCCAUUCGCUCCUCCCCGCCCGUGCGCUCCCCUCCUUUACCUUCUCCUCCCCCCUCCCCUCCUCUGCUGCACGCCUCUUCCUUCCCCUCGCCGACCCACUCCACUCCUGCCCCUCCUCAAUCCGCACCCUGCCCUCGUAUCUCGCCCCCCUAUGCUUGGUUUCUCCCCUCCCUGCCCCUCGCCGCCUUUCCCCGCUCCCCACCUCCCCCCUCUCCCUGCCCCCCCCACUCUCCCCCCCCCUUGUCCUUGGCUUCCUACCUCCCUGCCUCACCUUUCCCCCCUCCGUGUGCUCAGCUUCUCCCUCCCUGCCCCUCCCUCCUCCCCGCCCUGCCCCUCAUUUUCCGCCCCCCCCCCCCACCCCGGUUUCUCCCCUCCCCGCGCCUCCCUUUCUUCUCCGUGCCUCUCCUUUGCUCCCUCCCUGCCCCCGCCUGCCCAUGCCCCUGUCUUUGGCUUCUCCCCUCCCUGCCCCACGUUUCUUCCCUCCCUGCCCCCGUCUGCCCCUCCCUUGUUUUCCCCUCACCCAUUGCUUCUCUCCUCCCUGCCCUUGAUUUCCCACACCCCCUGCCCUCGUUUCCUAUCAUCCAUGCCCCUCUUUUCCCCCCUUUGUACGUUCAGCCUCUUCCUCCCUGCCCCUCCCUCUCCCCCCCCUGCCCUUUGCUCUCCCCUCGUUACGCUCCCUUCUCCCCAUCCCUGCUGCCCUCUCCCACCAUCAGCCCAUCCCACGACCAGCCCCCCUCCCACCCUUCAAUCCCCCCCUCCCUCUCUCUCUCUCUCUCUCUCUCUCUCUCUCUCUCUCUUUCUCACACACACACACACACGCACACUCCCCUCCCCCACCCCCCCCCACCUACAUCCUCCCAUUCUGCCCCUCCCUGCCCCUUUCCCACCCCCUCGCACGCCCCUCACCUCCCACCUCCGUGCAACUGGUUUCCCCCCUAUGGUGCCACCCUUGCAUCGCUCGCCCCUCUGCUCACCCUCUGCCCGCCCCUUUUCCGUGCCCUCAGUUGGCCCAGCCCCUGCCCGUUGCUGCCCCUCCCCUUGCCCCCUCAACUCCCCUGCCCCCCGUACACCCCAAGUCCCAUCCAACCGCCCCCACCCUCCCCCGCUGCCCGUUUCCGCUCUCUCCACCCCCGCGACCGUGUGCGGCUUCCAACCGCCCAACGGUGGUGCGCACGGGGCUCCACACCCCUGCCCCCUCAUGCCAUCCGCUCCCCCCGCCCCUACCCUCCGCGUGCCCGCCUCCCUUGCCGCCUCUUUUGACCCUCCCUGCCCCCCUCGCCGUUUCCCACCGCCCGCCAUUCGCUCCUCCCCGCCCGUGCGCUCCCCUCCUUUACCUUCUCCUCCCCCCUCCCCUCCUCUGCUGCACGCCUCUUCCUUCCCCUCGCCGACCCACUCCACUCCCUGCCCCUCCUCAAUCCGCACCCUGCCCCUCGUAUCUCGCCCCCCUAUGCUUGGUUUCUCCCCUCCCUGCCCCUCGCCGCCUUUCCCCGCUCCCCACCUCCCCCCUCUCCCUGCCCCCCCCACUCUCCCCCCCCCCCUUGUCCUUGGCUUCCUACCUCCCUGCCUCACCUUUCCCCCUCCGUGUGCUCAGCUUCUCCCCUUCCUGCCCCUCCCUCCUCCCCGCCCUGCCCCUCAUUUUCCGCCCCCCCCCCCCCCACGCCGUUUCUCCCCUCCCCCUCCCCGCGCUCCCUUUCUUUCUCCGUGCCUCUCCUUUGCUCCCUCCCUGCCCCCGCCUGCCCAUGCCCCUGUCUUUGGCUUCUCCCCUCCCUGCCCCACGUUUCUUCCCUCCCUGCCCCCCGUCUGCCCCUCCCUUGUUUUCCCCUCACCCAUUGCUUCUCUCCUCCCUGCCCUUGAUUUCCCACACCCCUGCCCUCGUUUCCUAUCAUCCAUGCCCCUCGUUUCCCCCCUUUGUACGUUCAGCCUCUUCCCUCCCUGCCCCUCCCUUCCUCCCCCCCUGCCCUUUGCUCUCCCCUCGUUACGCUCCCUUCUCCCAUCCCUGCUGCCCUCUUACCACCAUCAGCCCAUCCCCACGACCAGCCCCCCUCCCACCCUUCAAUCCCCCCCUCCCUCUCUCUCUCUCUCUCUCUCUCUCUCUCUCUCUCUCUCUUUCUCACACACACACACACACGCACACUCCCCUCCCCCACCCCCCCCACCUACAUCCUCCCAUUCUGCCCCUCCCUGCCCCUUUCCCACCCCCUCGCACGCCCCUCUCACUCCCACCUCCGUGCAACUG